CGUACGCUAACAAACAGUAGAAGAAUGCAUGUUUUAUUGAGCUGGAAUCAACCACCACUUGAAGAUGUCGAUUCAUCCCUCUGUUCCCAUAUCAUAUUGAUCGGGCAAGUGCAACUUGACAAUCUUGGCCAUCUUCAACUACCAUCAACAACAGAAUUUUCCAAACUGAAACGACGGCGGUCGGAUAUCAAGCUGCUAGUCUGCCUCACUGGACCUAAUGAAGCAUUCUCAACUCUCGUAGCCGAUAAUAUUGCCAAAUUAGCUGACUCUUCGUACAACUACUUGAAACAGUUUUCCUUGGACGGUAUGGAUAUCGAUUGGGAGUUUCCAAGUUGGAGUCGAGAUUCUCAAAAAACCGAUAGAAACAGAUUUCCACUUCUUCUAAAGACUCUUCGAGACAAAUUUGGUUCGUCUUUUUUGCUGACAGUGGCUGUGUCAGGACCACCGACCAUAUCAAAAGUCGCCUAUGAUACAGUGGCAUUCAACAAGUACGUGGACUUGGUUCAAGUGAUGAACUAUGACUUUCACAUCUUCUCCUAUGCUCAUCCGAUUGUUGGAUUCAAUGCGCCCCUCAGGCGGAUCACUGCAGAACUGGGAGUUGUCGGAGAGAUGAACUCGGAAGCCUCAAUGUUAACAUGGGCCAAAAUGGGAUUGUGGAGCAAUAAAACGAUUUUCGGGAUUCCAACGUAUGGCAGAGGAUUUCGUUUGGUGAACUGGCGGAUAAGCAAACCAUAUUCAUUGGCCGCUGCCCCUGUGGAUGACAUCAAUAACUAUCCGGAGGUAGGUUGUGACGGAACAUUUCCAUUCAACAAAUAG